AUGACGAAAACAACGAAACCUAAUGCUGCUUAUUCUUCUUCUUCUCAUCAGAGCCUAAGCUUAAUGAAAAGACAAGCGACUGUGUUUAAGAAAGCUCGCGAGCUUUCUGUGCUCUGUGCGAUCGAAGUUUGCGUGAUCUGUUACGGAGCCGAUGGAACGCUUAAGACAUAUUCAGAAGAGAGGGAGAAGGUCGAAGCCAUCGCUCGAAGGUACGCUGCAUUGAGCGAGACGAAACGACGCAAAAGAAGCGUUGAUCUUCACGAGUUUCUCGCAAAAUCCAACAAGAAGAAACUGGUGAGACCGAGACGUGUAUCCAAGUUUCCAGUUUGGGACCCUAGGUUUGAUAAUUACUCUGGUGCGCAAGUCACGGGACUGGUUCAGUCCUUGGAGCGUAACCUAACCAGAUUACAAGAUAGGUUUCGCGCAGUUGAGGAACAGAGGAAGAUGAAUCAAGGACCGAGUGCGAGUAGUAGCACUACUACGAAUACGAUCAAUCAAUAUCUGCUUCCACAACAACAACAACCAAACCAGUUUUCCAUGUUUCUGUUUAACCAUGAGAAUGGGAAUGUCUCGCAAAUCCCAUUAGGUUUGAUGAACCAAGGGCAAUCUCUGAUGGCUCCGAUUCCGCCUGAACUACUAAUGAUUCACCUGAAUGCUGAUGUGGGAAACUACAACUUGGGGUCACUUGGGGUACAAGGAGCUUUUGGUCCUCCACUUUAUGAUCUCUCACAGCCUCUCUUUUCUUGAUUUGAUUA